AUGGAGUCGCAGACGCACUACCUGAACAACGACGAGGAGCUCCGCGUCGAAGUCAAGCUCGGGACCGUCGUCACCGCGACGCUCGUCGACGGCGCCGCGGAGAUCUUCGGCGCGGAGCUUCCGAAGAAGACGCCGACGACGCUCCCGGGCGGGAAGCACGCGAUCUUCUCGUGGAGAGGCGCCACGAUCGAGAUCGCGGGGGAGACGGAGAUGACGUACACCGCGAACGCGUCCGCGCCGAUGACCGCGUACCUCAACGUCGACGGCGUCCUGCAGCGCAGGCGCGAGGCGGCGAGGGCGGCGGGGACGCCGGGGCCGCGCGUCGCGCUCGUCGGACCCACGGACGUGGGCAAGUCGUCCGUCGCGAAGAUCUUGUGCAACUACGCUCAGGCGCGCUGGACGCCGACGUUCUCGGAUCUGGACCUCGGUCAGGGCGGGAUCACGUGCCCGGCGACGAUCGGCGCGGUGCCGAUCGACCGCCCGAUCGACGCGUGCGAGGGCCUGCCGCUGGAGAUGCCGCUCGUGUACUUCCACGGCGACGUCUCGCCGGGGAACAAUCCGACGCUGUACAAGGCGCUCGACCGCAUGGGAGAGAUGCUGCGCGCGCGCGACGAGACGAACGCGGCGGCCGCCGCGAGCGGGGUGGUCGUGAACACGAUGGGGUGGAUCGACAAGGCUGGGUACGGGCUCCUGUUGCACGCGCUCGAGGCGCUCGCGAUCGACGUCGUCCUCGUCGUCGACCACGAAAAGUUACACGCGGAGCUAUCGAGGGAUCUGCGAGGGAAAAAGAUCAAGGUGUGGAAGCUCCAGAAGAGCGGCGGCGUCGUGGAGCGCACGCCGGAGUUCCGAAGGCGGUCCCGCGACGCGCGCGUGCGAGAGUACUUUUACGGCCCUCUCGGCGACCUCUCCCCGCACUCGCAAACGUUGGAGUUCGGCAAGGUGUCCAUCUUCAAGAUCGGCGCGGGCCCGAGCGCGCCGCGGAGCGCGCUGCCGAUCGGCCAGGAGAGCAGCGCGGACCCGCUUCGCGUGUCCACGGUGGCGCCGUCGAUGAGCCUUCUGAACGCGGUGUUGGGCGUGAGCCACGGGAAGACGCAGGCUGAGCUCCUCUCGAGCAACGUGGCGGGGUUCAUCUUCGUCACCGACGUGGACGUGGCCAACGGGCGGUUCACGUACCUGACGCCGUGCCCGGGGGAGCUGCCGUCGAGGAACUUGAUCGCGGGGACGCUCAAGUGGAUCGAGACGCGGUGAG